AUGCAAUUCCCACAUCCUGAUUCUCGGAUAUUACCUCACCAAAUAUUAUGCCCUGCCACACCACUUAAUUCAACGUCCAAGGAACUGAAAAGAGUCGUCGGCUCGCUUGUUGGUCUCGCCGUCGGUGAUGCUCUUGGAGCUAGCGUUGAAUUUCGUCCUCGUCAAUAUCUUGUUGAUCAUCCUGUAAAAGAUAUGCAGAGUGGUGGUACUUGGGGUCUUCAAGCUGGUCAAUGGACAGAUGAUACUUCCAUGGCUUUAUGUCUAGCUUCAUCACUUAUUACUUGUCAUCGUUUUAAUUCUUACGAUCAAAUGGUACGUUAUAAAUGGUGGUAUAAAAAAGGUUUUCUUUCAUCAACGGGCGAAUGUUUUGAUAUCGGUAACACUACUCGUACUUCACUUGAUGAAUUUUGUCGUCGACAAAAUAUUAUCAAACAACGUUUUCGAGGUUUGAAGGAUGAUGACAUCGAUAAUUUGCCGUUAGAGCAAGUUAGAAGUGUACAAAAUUUUAAUGAAUAUUGUGGUGUAUCAGAAAAUGCUGGUAAUGGUGCGCUAAUGCGUCUUGCUCCUGUACCUCUGUUUUACUUUCGACAACCUGAGAAAGCUGUUAGAUACGCAGGUGAGAGUGCUUCUCUUACUCAUGGUGAUCAAAAAGCAGUUGACGCUUGCCGUUAUUAUGCAGCUCUUAUCGUUGCUGCAAUUCAUGGAGAAUCAAAACAAGAUUUAUUAAAUGAACAUUUUUACGAAAAUCAUAAGCCAUGGUUUGGAUCUAUGAAACUUCAUGAUCAAGUUCUACAUGUAGCUCGAGGAUCGUAUAAAAGACCAGGUGGCUAUAAAGAUGGUAUUCGAGGGAAAAGUUAUAUUGUCAAUACUUUAGAAGCUGCUCUCUGGGCGUUUUGGUCAGACGAAAAUUCUUUUGAAACAGGUGUUCUUAAGGCUAUUAAUCUCGGCGAUGAUACUGAUACAACCGCUGCUGUGUAUGGUCAAUUGGCUGGUGCAUACUAUACUGUGUCAGGUAUUCCUCCACGCUGGGCUGAAAAAUUGUAUGCUAAUACUUUGAUUAUUUGCGUUGCUGAAUCCCUUUACGUCGAAGGAAGUCGAAGUGGAAAUGAUACGGUUCAACAAUAUCAACAACAAAUGACAACACAACAUCAGAGUCAAUCGACAAAGUCAAUAUCACAGUCCAAUCAAUAUCGUGAUUCUUACAAACCAAUUCAGCAGACUUCAUCUGGAGCUUAUAAGGGUCGCAUUGGCUAUGGUGUUCCAUCUAAACAGCCGCAACCUCAAUCGUAUACUACUAUCCAUUCCAAUGCUAAUUAUUCGUACGAUCGAAAACAAAAAACAAAAAAAGAUCCUUCUACUUUGCCACCUGCUGGUCUCUCUAGUGGUCAUACGAAAAACUGGACAUCUAUAUGA